AUGUAUCUAGAUAAACAAGAAUUUAUGAUGGAAGAUAAUGUGGACAAUAUGGUGAUUGGAAUGGGAAUAGAAGAAAUGUUAGAAGAGGAAGAAGAAAGAAAAAUUGCUUCAAAAACUGAUUAUGAAAAAAUGGAAUCAGCUCUUAAUAAUUUUAGAAAUGCAAAAAGUGAAAGUUCUUAUAUAGAUGAUAUAAAUGAUCUAGAUAAUGAUGAAAUUGAAGUGGUGGAAGAGGAAAAUAAUCAAGAUAUAGGUCAAUAUAACAAUUUAUUAUCAAGUCAAUUGGAUCUUCAGAAAACAAUAUUUUGUUGUACUAUAAGAACAGUUCAUGAAAGCCAACUUCCUAAAAGUGAUGGAGAAAAUUAUUUUUUGGAUAGAAUGUCACCAAAUGAAAUAUAUUUAUUAGGAUAUUCUGAAAUCAAACAGUUAUUAUUAUAA